AUGUUUAUAGCAAAUUAUUUUGAUAGAAGAGAUAAAGAUAAUGAAAAGAAAUCACAAACAAGUGAAAAUGAUGAAUAUAAAAGAAGUAAUAUAGAGAAUCUGCUAAAAAAUAAUUUAAUUCUGAAAAAGGAUAAAAAAAAUUUAGGAUAUAAUGAAAAUGGAAAAGAACAAAUAAAAGAAAAAUUAUCAAAUUUUUUAAAAAAAGCAUUAAAAAAAAAAAUAAAGAAAGAAAAUAUAGGAAAGGAUGACGAUGAUAAGAAAGAACAGAAAGAAAGAGAUUUUUAUAAUGAGACAAAUUUGGAUAGAAUAUAUACUAAGAAUAAAGAAGAAAGCACAAUGGAAACAUUUUUAAAAGAAAAUAAAAAACUAAACUAUUGCGCAGAAAAUAUAUUAUUAUUAGGUAGUUACUUAGAAUUUGAUAAAUUAAAAGAAGUUAAUAUUCAAGAUAUAUACAAAUUAAUUGAUAAAUAUAUUUUUGAAAAUGAAUUGGAAAUCAAUGAAAUUAAAGUAAAAUUAGAAGUAGAGGUACAAAGAGAAUUAAAAAAAGAAAAAGAUAAGUUACAUCAUAUUAGUAAUAUAAAAAGUAAAUUAGCGGAUAUCAGUAUAAUAGAAGAGGAAAAUAAUGCUAAUUCUAUUGAGUAUAUGAUGAAUGAAAUGAAAAUAAUAAAAAAAUUAAUAAAGCAAAAGGAUUAUCUUAUAUGUGUAAAAAAUACCUUAUUGAAAUUAGAAAAUGCAAAGAAGUGUGCAAUUAAUAGAAAAUAUGAAGAAUCAUUACAUAUUAUUUUAGACAUAGUAAAACUAUUACAUGUAUUUAAAAAAAAUUUCAAAGAACAAAUUAUUAAUGGUAUUAAAUUCUUUAUUCCUCUAUUAUCGGAAUAUUAUUUAAACAAAGCAAAGUUAUUAUUAGCAUGCAUCUAUUGGGGAAAUAACAUAUCUUACGUAUCAACAACUGCUUUAGAAGAAUUAAUAAAUGAUAUAGAUAGUGAUGAUGAAAAUUUUAGAAAUAUAGUAACUAAAGAUAAUAUAAAUAAAAAAGUGAUUGGAGAAACUAACAAUAUAGUUAAUGCAGAUAAUUCAAUUAAUACAAAUGAUUUAAGUAAUAAUAACAAAGAAAUAAAUAAUAAAUAUAUAAAUCGAAAAUCUUUUAAAGAAGAAAUUAAAGAUUCUAUUAUUUUUGAUAAUACAUAUGUGUCAUUAAUAAAAAAAGAAAGUUCAGAAUUUAUUAAUAUUUUAAUAAGUUGGAACCUAAUUGAAAAAAUUGAUAAUUAUCUGAAAAAUGAAAAAAACACUAGAGAAGAAUUUUCUUUUAGUAAAAAAGAAUAUUCAAUAUCAUACACUAACGAAUUAACUAGUAACAUAAUUUAUUAUUUUCGAUCACUUUUUCAAAAUUUUAAAAGCCCCUUAUUUAAAUUUGAUAAGCCAGAAUGGGGUCUAAAAUAUUUAUUUUAUCAGUCAAUUAUAAGUAAUUCCAUUUUAAAAAUGCUUUUGCAUUUCGCUCAUAAAGAUCUCAAAAAUAAUAUAUUAUUACAAGAUGCAUUACAAGGUAUUUCCUUAAGUAGUAAUAAAUAUAAAAAAAAUAAUAAUGAUAAUAAUUUUGAUUGUAACAAUAUGAAUUUACAAAAAAACAUUGAUAUUCAAAAUUUUAAUUCAAUAGAUCCAAGAGAGGAUAAUAAUAUGAGUACAAAAAGCAAAAUAGAAGAAAAAGUGAAUAAAAUAAAUGGAAAGGAAGUUAUGAGAAAAAAAGAAAAUAUCCUAAAUUUAGAGAAUGAAUAUGAUAAAGAUUCAACUAAACAUUAUAUUACUUAUAAUAAUAUGAAUGAUGAUGAAAAAGAAAAAAUAUUGUAUGAAUUAACAAAUUAUGAAGUUGUUUUAGAAAAGAUAAAUUAUAAAAUUGUAUCUGAAUGUAGAUUAUAUAUAUUAAGUAGAAUUUCAUAUUUAAUUCAUCUAUAUAAUUUUCAAAAUGAUAAAGAAAAUACAAAAAAGGUAUUUUUAAAUUUUAUGCAUCAUAUAAUUAUGAUAUAUAAGAAAUGGUAUUUGUAUGAUAGUGUAAAUUGUAAGUAUUUAUUAGAUGAUUUUUUUAAUAACUCAUUCAUUGAAUUCUUAGAUACAGAAAAAUCAUCUAAUAAAGAAAAUUCAGAAUAUGAAGAUAAAAAUGAAAAUAUAUUAAAAGAAGAAAAAAAAAAUGAAAAUUCCAAAUUAAAGAGUGAAAAUUUCGUGGAGAUGAAAGGUGUUUAUAUAAGAGAUUUUUUUAUUUUAAUAGAAAAAGAAUUUCUUGUUGAUAUAUUAAAGAAUAUGUCAAAUGACAAAUGCUGUAUAAAAUUAAAAAAUAAUAUAAUUUUAGAGGAUAGUGAUUGUGUAAAUGAGUAUGGUCAUAUUUUUAUUGAAUUGCUAAAGAAAAUAAGUAAUAGAAUUAUAUGCUUCAAAGAAAAUGAAGCUUUUCUAGAAGAAUACUUUAACAUCGUAAUAAAGAAAUUAUUAAUUAUUGUUAAAGACGAAUUUAGAUAUCAUUGGAAUAAUAUUACUGAUUUGAUAGAAAAUUGUAAUAUUACAUGCUUAUUAUAUGUAUCCUUCACUUAUAUAAAUAAAUUUUUAAGUAAUUUUGAGUACAAAUGUUAUAUUAAAGAAAUUGUUCAAAGUUUUUCAACAUUAGAAAACAAAAUGUUUAAUAAUUUUUUAGAUGCUUUUAAUCAUUUUAUUUCUAUACGAAUAUAUAAUUUUUUUUCUACGAAUAACUUGUUUCAUGAAUAUAUAUUAAAUAAUUUAUUUAAAAUUAAAAAGUACAUGCCUGAUCAUAUUUUCUUUGACUUUUUUAAUAAAGUCUUAUAUAAAUUAGAUCAAUCUGUUUUAACUUUUUUAAUGAACCAAAACACUUCCUUUUUGCAAAAUGAAAACUUUUUUAAUACAUUUAUUAACAACUCAUUAUUAUUAAUACAACAAAUAGAAGAUGCAGAUUUUAAAAAUAAAAUUUAUUCGAUGCCUAUAUUACAAGAGAUAAUUAAAUUAAUGACUGAUGAUAUUGACAAUUUAAAAAAAAAAAUUAAUGAAAUAAAAAGUAAAUAUGCAGAUUUAAAAAACAAAAAUAAUUGGUUAAUACAAGUUACUAAGUUGACUAAUGCAUUAUUAAGAGAUGAUUCUAGUGAUGAUUUUAAUUCUUCACAAGUAAAUUAUGAAGAAAACGAAGAAAAUAAAAAAUAUCAAAUUUCAUUAAAACAUAUUAAAUUUUUAUUAUUAAGAAGACCCGAUAUUAAAACAAUUGUAGAAAAUUCUGUUGUUAUUCAAGAAUUCAUUGAAUAUUGA